UCCACAAUCCAGAUACUUGGCGGCGACGACGGCCGGAACGAGGUGGGGCUCCGUUCCGGGUUCCGAUCGACAGCGACCCGACGACAGCUACAUAACCGCAGGCCAGAGGGUCCAAGCUACCUACUCACUCAUCAGCCAGGUCAGGUGUUCUUCUCCUCACCGAGAACCUUCUUCCAGAGCGCACCAACUGAGUUCAGCUCGGACUUCACCUCCAUGUCUUCGACGACGGCGACCAACCUGGCCGGCCUAUGGUUCGGCGAGCUCGCCGCGGCGAUGCAGGGGACGUGGCAGGCCACUCCGCCCGGCCGCGGCGACCAGCGGCCGCGAAAGCAGCAGAAGCUGCGAAGCGAGAAGAAGGCAGUGCUAGGAGCCGCCGCGGCCGGGACGAAGGCGGCGACGGAGACGAAGGGGGACGUCGGGAGCUGUGGCGGCGCCAUGCCCGACGCCACGGCCUACCUGCUGCUCGACCGGUUCGCGCCCAGCUGAGCUCAGCUGCGUGGCCUUCACUGGCGCGCGUUCGUGUCCACUGUUCAUCUGUACAGGCAAGAUCAUCGCGGGCGAUGAUUGUGCAAGUGUUCUGGAUUGUAGUGGCAUCUUGCUGCCAUGCUCGCGUCCCUUUCCUUCCGCUCCAUGGCGUCCCAGGAGCAAGCAUCGCUGAAGAUGCAACCAAAGCAGUGAUGUUCUACCGAUUACUGUCAAA